AUGGCCUCGACUCAUUUCUUUGAAAGAAUGGGUAUUACUUGCGGUUUAUAUAUCGACGGCAGACUGAUUGGGGAAAUCAUAAGUAAGCAUGGUUUUUGGUCCCGCAGUUUGGAAUAGCGUGAUUCGAAGUUUAGUGAGAACGCAGCUGAGGCGGCCCUAUAAGUAGUGUACAGAGUAUUAACGGGACUUGGGUACUUCCUCGGACUUGAAAAAUGUAUCUCGUCUCCUGCAACCAGACUACAGUACCUUGGGAUGUUAAUUGACACUAACGAGCAGGCUUUUAUCGUCCCCCAGGAUAAACGCCAAAGGUUCGCUGAACUAAGAGAGUUCAUUCUUGGUUGCAAGACAAGCGUUUCUUUAAAAUCCAUCCAGAAAAUGAUGGGAAAAUGUAAUUUUUUUCACUAGCCUUUCCUGGUGCUAAGUUUUAUGUGAGAGAAAUGGCAGCUGCAAUCGGGAAAGCAGGACAUGGUCGAGAAGUGUCGUUUACACAGGGUUUGAGAAAAGAGCUGGAAUUUGGGGGGUUUUUAGACACUUGGGAUAAAUGUGUCCCAUGGAGGCAGGAAAGGCGUGUUUCAUUGGUAAUGUCAACGGAUGCCUCGUCUUAUCGGUGGGCAGUUAUUUUUCACUUCCCUCCGAGAAAACAAGAAAUUGGAGAUUACUGGGAAGAGGACAUCCGCUAA